GAUUACUAUGUUUGGGAAUAAACUUGUAGCAAAUUUAAGUCAUAAAGGCUUAUUGUCAAUUCCUAAUGUAACCUUGCUGAGGCUUUCAUAUGUAGGCUUCUGCAGCAAAGCUCCAACAGAAGACCAUAAUGAUUCAUUUUCUGGAGAAGAUUUUCCACCACUUCAACUCUGGGCUCAUGAGAAGAAAGCUUUUUCAAGAAGAAAGCAAAAAAUGGCACAAGAAUUGCCUCCAAGGUCUGCAACUAUGAAGCCAGACCAAGACUGGACCAACGUGUGGCCUACCAGUCAUUCCUUCAAGCCUGCAACUGUGCCUCUGCCCAUCCGCAUGGGGAUGCCUCCCUCAAAUCGACCAACUCCAGACAAGUGGGCCAAUGCAGAGCUCAUGAAGAUCCCCAAUUUUUUGCACUUGACACCUCCUGCUGUUGAGAGGCAUUGCGCUGCCAUCCAAAAGUACUGUAGCCCAUGGCCAGAAGGUGUGUCAUAUGCAUCAGCGUUAACUGAGGACACCCAAAAUCCUGACCCCAACCCUAAGAAGAAAUCAAAAACGAAACUUCCAGGCUUCAGCCCUGACCCUGACGUGGUCUUCACAGACCCUGGCUACUUCCCUAUGAGUGUCACCAAAACCAGCUACCUCUACAGUGGGCCCUCUAUCAGAGACGAGCGAGCCAGGGUUGCUGUUGUUAAGGUUCGUUUAGAGGACUUGCAGCUUGAUGCCCACAGCUACGACAAGCUACUGCGGCUAGUGGGUGAUCGGUACGACCGAGCCAGCCAUACUAUCACCCUCACGGGCGACCGCUGCCCCUUGUACUCUCAAAAUCUGGACUACUGCAUGUACCUUCUCACUGUCAUGCUUGCUGAGGCGCAGACCAAAGAGGCGUGGGAGCACGAAAAGCCGCGCCAGGACCACGAAUCAUUCGAGUACAGCGGCAGCAGCAGCGAGGCGGCCGUAGCUGCUCUGCGGGAACGGCAGGCGCUAGCGGGCGUCGCUCCGGUCACUGAGCAGCAAGAACAGCGAUACAAGGAAGCUCUGAAUGGCCUCCUCAAUGGAGGCGAAACGGACGCUAGUGUAACCGAGUACGGCGAGAGCGUUCUCAACCUCCUCGGCAUCAGCGAGCGCGUGCACGACGCUGUCAGCCACCACAACCACAGCAUCGACAAUGACCUCAACUUACCUGACAUUUCCGUCAAAACUUACUUCGAAAGAAUCAAUGUUAAAUGGCAGAACUGCGGCUGGUAUCCUAAAAUACCUCGGUAAACCCGCCGUAAAUGAAUUUUUCAUUUUAUAUUAAUAUAUUAUUAUUAAUGGUUUUGGGAGGUUAGCAAGAUCGAAUUUGGGGAUUUACUCUUUCAGAACAUGUUCAGGUGGCUACUAAAUUUCAAAAUCAAGCGCAAAUUCUAACUAAAUAUUAGACACUUUCAACAAAUAAUAAAACAUCAUACCCUCAAUAUAGCUGCUAUUGUCGGAUUUGUAUAUGAAGUCAUGUUUCUUGAGCACAUGGUUUAAUGAUAAUCGACUACUUUGAUGUGAAAUAGUCCAUGCUGAAAAAGAACUUCAUUCGCAUUCUCUGAAGUAUCACAUCAGGAAUAAUGAGACGGUUCAGACAACAUAUUUAUUCAAUUACGUAAAUGUCAAUCUUGAAUGUACAUAAUCAUGACUAAC